UUGAAUUGAUAAAAUAUGCAAAUAAAUCCAACGUCUACAACAUUUAUAUUUAAACAUAUUUUGCAUUCAAAAACUAUUGUUUAAAAAGAAACACAUUCGUUAUAUUUUGAAAUAAAUUCUUCUUCGUACAAAAUGUCAUUGUUAAGUCAUUAGACAAUGAUUUUAUUUUAACAAAUUUUUUUAUCAUAACAAUGUCUACAUCAUCAAGUGAUUAUGAUUGCGGUCUUUACAACGGGCACAUACAGCCUUUCACACACAUGCAGCCUCUGUAUCCGGGAUUGGAACAUCCGCUGGUUUACUACGCUCAAGUUGAGAGAAAACAAAGAAACCAGGCAUAUGAAAAGAUAAAAGACAAUUGUUUUGUUAAAGCGUUUCGGUGGUACACUCAGGAACAUGUGCCUCUGAGUAAAACGGAGUCCGUUACUAAUAAACAGGAGCUAAAGGGAUUCGCUACUUGGUUGGACGAAAAAUACGAGGAGUACCUUCGGAGUAACCAACUCAUGAAACAAAAUGAUGUUCAAAUCAACGACCCCGUGGACAACAGAUCCAGCCGCCAAAAAUUGGUCAAGAGAAAGAAAAAAUUCAAAAGUCCCUGGAGGAGACGCCAAAAAUGCUUGAAUAAACAAAAUGGUGAUGCUAUAUUGAAGACGGACAAAAGCAUCGAAAUAAUCUUAAAACCGAAAAAUUUAUCUCUUUCCACUUCAGAAUGCUGUCCAAAAUGUAACCGCUCAAACACAACAAUAACUAUAGAUAUAAACACACCAUCCACACUUAAAUCAAAAUCUGAGAGCAUACUUUACAUUCUAAACGAAAAGGAAAUUUAUGUUGUUCCAUCAGAUGAAAAAAGGAAGCUGGAUGAAAUGAUCCAGAUCGUUGACGAAGUGAGUUUAAAAAAAGGACGAACAAAAACGAAGAAGAGUCCACAAAAUGAUACAUCUUGUCAAUGUUCGGAUCUCUUAAUAAAGAAAGUCAAUGCCUCGAGUCAAUUUUCACACACUAACGUCAAGCCGAGCCUCUGCGGAUGUGUUGAAACUCAAAUUUCUGAUCGACAAAUAAUUUCGGUUGCAAAAUGUCCUUGUACUGAAUCUAACACGAAGUUAAAGACGAUUGCAAAAGAAGAACCGAAAAUGUUCCCACAAAAAGUCGAUUCAAAUACAGUCUUCAAAAAGAGUGUGGCAGUGCCUGAUACAAAUACAAACGUGGAACCUCGGAAAACAAGUUUCUCGACUAAAACAAACAUUGAGAAAAAAGAGCCUCCGUUUACAGUUGGCAAAAUUGCUCAAACCUCCGACCACGCUAUAAAUCUUGACGAAGCCAUACACCAGGGAUGUCCAAUAUUCUUAAAAAUUGUAUGUACUGACAAAUUGCGUUAACGUGUAUACAGUGAAAAUAAACGACAAAAAUAUCUAAAAUACUUUAUUUACAAACUUUAUUACAAAUACUCGUAUUUACAAA